GUUGGUGAUAUGAUUACAAUUGAAAAACAUAUCUCAUCCACUCUUUCACCUCUUAAUGAUACCUCCGAAACCCUUAAGACACCAACUAUCAUAACCAAGAGCUAUUCCGAUGAUGAUCUACGUAGAUUACCAAAAAAAAUAGCAAAACGUAUAGAAAAUUUUAGACCACGUAGUUCACAACUUGAUCGAGAGCAAUUAGAAUCUGCUCAAGAUCCAUUUCGAGGAUUUUUUACUUUAUUUUGGAUUGCAAUGGGAUUCUAUGUUAUACAAACUUGGUCAAAAAACUUUGAAUCGGCAGGAAUUUUAUUUGAAUUAUCAUUCUUUAGAUUAUUUUCUCAAGAUGCUAUAUGUUUAAUUCUUAGUGAUGCUGCUAUGAUUGGUUCUAUGUUUUUUGCUGUCUUAUUACAAAAAUUAAUUGCAAUGCAAUAUUCAACCCUACUUGGUGAAUCAAAAAAAUCUGAUAAUGCCAGUGAAAACCCUGCUCAAUUGGAUGAAUUAAAAGAAAAAAUUGCGCAAGUCGAAGGAUAUCUUUCUGGUCCUACAAAUACUACUAAUUAUCCAAAUAAUAUAACUUUUAUGAACUUUGUGGAUUUUUUAUUGGUACCUACUUUAGUAUAUGAAUUGGAAUAUCCAAGGACUGAAAA